AUGGCGAACGGAGCUGGCAGAGUAGAUCUAGACGGCAGGGCGAUAAAGCCGAUCACGAUAUGCAUGAUCGGAGCCGGAGGUUUCAUCGGAUCGCAUCUCUGUGAAAAGCUCUUGACGGAGACUCCACACAAGGUGCUCGCGCUCGACGUUUACAACGAUAAGAUCAAGCACUUGCUGGAGCCGGAUACUGUUGAAUGGAAAGAUCGGAUCCAGUUUCAUCGCAUCAACAUCAAGCAUGAUUCCAGGCUUGAAGGACUCGUCAAGAUGGCCGAUCUGACUAUAAAUCUUGCAGCGAUCUGUACUCCAGCUGAUUACAAUACGCGUCCUCUUGAUACUAUCUACAGCAACUUCAUUGACGCACUCCCUGUUGUUAAGUACUGCUCUGAGAACAACAAGCGUCUCAUUCACUUUUCUACCUGUGAAGUAUAUGGCAAAACCAUUGGAAGCUAUCUUCCUAAAGAUCAUCCUCUGCGCCAGGAUCCUUCUUUUUAUGUUCUUAAGGAAGAUGUUUCCCCUUGCAUUUUUGGUUCCAUUGAGAAGCAGAGGUGGUCAUAUGCCUGUGCUAAGCAACUGAUUGAGAGACUUGUAUACGCUGAGGGUGCUGAGAAUGGACUGGAGUUCACCAUUGUAAGACCCUUUAACUGGAUUGGACCUAGGAUGGAUUUCAUUCCCGGCAUUGAUGGUCCUAGCGAAGGUGUCCCUCGUGUCCUGGCCUGCUUUAGUAAUAAUCUUCUGCGCCGUGAGCCUCUGAAGCUUGUGGAUGGUGGAGAGUCACAGAGAACUUUUAUCUACAUCAAAGAUGCUAUUGAAGCUGUUCUUUUGAUGAUUGAAAACCCCGAGAGAGCCAAUGGCCAUAUCUUCAAUGUAGGCAACCCGAAUAAUGAAGUUACAGUACGACAACUUGCUGAAAUGAUGACCAAGGUAUACGCAAAAGUGAGUGGAGAGGGAGCUAUUGAGAGCCCGACGGUUGAUGUGAGCUCAAAAGAAUUUUAUGGGGAAGGUUAUGAUGACAGUGACAAGAGAAUCCCAGACAUGACAAUCAUUAACCGCCAACUUGGUUGGAACCCGAAGACAUCUCUGUGGGACUUGCUGGAAUCGACCUUAACCUAUCAGCACAUGACUUAUGCAGAAGCUGUGAAGAAAUCAACAUCCAAACCAGUGGCUUCCUAAACCACAAACAAAUUCGUUAAAAUACACUAUACACAUCAUUUUGGCAUUUUGAGCUCCAUCGAUUCUUUCGUUUUGUCUACCCCAGAAAACCUUUCUUUCCAACUUCUUUAAUUCUUCCCCUUUUAUGAAACAGUAUAAAUGUUGUCCUCUCCUUUUUGCCUGUUUCUUAGGCUAUAUACGUUGCAUCUGUCAGAAAACCAAAUGUUAAUCGUUUGUAGCGAAUGAUACUACACAGUAAUGUUUGGUAUUAAAUGCUUCUUUUUCAUUUUAAGGAGAUGG